AUGACCGCAGCUUCCCACCCACCUGCACCAUUGUCUUCGCUGCCUUCUGACCUGUUGAGGCGUCUCUCCUGGGCUCCCAAAGUCGUGGCAGAAAUGGAGUCUCCAGGCUGUGUCACCUCACCUCUCACUCAGCCGCAGAGACGAGGAACAAACAUGGCGGCAGAGCCUUAUCUUGCCGCCCUGCCUUCCACCUGCACUGGUCAUUGGACAGUUUUGGAGCCAAGGAAUGGCCUUUGGAAUUGGCUCAGUAUCAAUGCUUCCUCUGGUAAAUUUGUGCAGGUGUCUGAAUUUGGAAUACUUAUUGAAUCCUGUCUGGAUCAACCAGCAAUGUUCUGUGACUGUUAUAGACACUGGCUUCCCCCACUUGUCAGUGUCUUGGAUGGCACCAGCUGCUUUUCUAGAAUGAAACAGAGAGCACAUAUGGAUGGAGAUGUGAUGAUUGCUGGGUUUUUCCCUCUCUAUACUUUGGGAAGAGAUCACAGUGUCAGUGAUACUUCUAAGCAAGAAAAGAACACACAGAUUGCCUUCAAGAACUACCAGUUUGUUCUGGCCUUGGCUUUUGCUGUUGAGGAAAUCAACAAGAACCCUGAUCUUUUAUAUAACAUGACUCUGGGAUUUGAUAUUUAUAAUGCUGAUUUCAGAGCUUGGUCAACACUUGAGAAUCCCUUUGUUUGGCUUUCUGGGCAGUACAAGAUCCCUAAUUACACCUGCAUGAGAGAAAGUAACUCUGUAGCAGUACUCACAGGAAUAUCAGCAAUAACAUCUGCCCAGAUUGGGACACUGCUGGAACUCUAUAAGUUUCCUCAGCUUACCUUUGGGCCUUUAGAUCGUGUCCUGAGUGAACAAAGCAAGUUUCCUUCUCUCUAUCAGAUGCCCCAAAAGGACACAUCACUAGCCAUUGCCAUGGUCUCCUUGAUACUUCAUUUCAGCUGGAACUGGGUAGGGCUAUUGAUCUCACUAGAUGAAAAUAGUUUGUGGAUAAUUUCAGAACUGAGAGAAGAGAUGGCUAAGAACAGAGUUUGUGUAGCCUUUGAGCAUGUGAUUUCAAGCAAUAUGUUCAUGGAAGUAACAAAUUACAUAAGAUUCCAUCACCAGAUUAAUAACUCAUCAGCAAAUGUAUUUAUCAUUUAUGGUGAUAAUGAACACCUACUAAACUUAACGCUGUAUUUUGGGCAAUUUUUAAUGACAGGCAAAGUUUGGCUCAUGACUUCACAGAGUGAGUUAUUCAUCAGUAGAAGAUAUUUCAUGUUAGGCUCAUUCCAUGUCCAUCUCAUUUUUUCACACCACCAUCCAGACAUUUUUGGGUUUAAGAAUUAUGUCAGGGAAGUUAAUCCUUCCAAACACCCAGAAGACUUUUAUCUUGCUCGGCUGUGGGUUCUUUCUUUUAAUUGCUCAUAUUCUGAAUCUGACUGUGUAACAUGGGAGAACUGUCCCCAGGAUGCCUCCUUGGAAUGGUUGCCUGGACACAUUUUUGAAAUGGCCAUGUCUGAAGAGAGUUACAAUAUAUAUAAUGCUGUGUAUGCUGUGGCCCACACAAUUCACAAGAUGCUUCUUCAUCAAACAGAGGGAAAUGGGAAAGGGAUAGUGCCUUCUCCUGUCCAGGUAAUAUCUUGUUUGAAACUGCACCCUUUUCUGAAGAAGAUCCAAUUUCAUAAUCCUGCUGGAGACCUAGUGAUUUUGGAUGAGAAAGAGAAAUUAGAAGCAGAGUAUGACAUUGUGAACAACUGGAAUUUUCCAGAAGGUCUUGAAGUUAAGGUGAAAGUAGGACUAUUUUCUCCAUAUGCUCUACAUGGUCACCAACUGUCAAUAUCUGAAGAUAUGAUAGAGUGGGCCAUAGGAACUACUGAGACCCCAUACUCAGUUUGCAGUGAGAGUUGUGAUUCUGGAUUCAGGAAAUCCCCUCAGGAGGAAAAGGCUGCCUGUUGCUUUGAUUGUAUCCCUUGCCCAGAGAAUGAGAUUUCUAAUGGGACAGAUAUGGAACAGUGUGUGAAUUGUCCAGAGCACCAAUAUGCCAACACAGAGAGAAACCAGUGUCUCCUAAGAGUUGCAAGUUUCUUGGCUUAUGGAGAACCCUUGGGCAUGGUCCUGGCCUGUAUGGCUCUCUGCUUUUCCACACUCACUGCUGCUGUACUUGGGGUUUUUGUGAGGUAUCAAGACACUCCCAUUGUCAAGGCCAAUAACCGGGCUCUCAGCUACAUUCUGCUCAUCUCCCUCAUCUUCUGUUUCCUCUGUUCCUUGCUAUUUAUUGGCCGUCCCAACACAGUCACCUGCAUCCUGCAGCAGAUCACAUUUGGAGUUGUGUUCACUGUGGGUGUUUCUACUGUCUUGGCCAAAACGCUGACUGUGGUUUUGGCCUUUAAGGCCACUUCUCCAGGAAGAACGAUAAGGUGGCUGCUGGUAUCAGGGGCUCCUAACUUCAUCAUCCCUAUCUGCACUUUGCUCCAAGUGACUCUUUGUGGAAUCUGGUUGGGAAUCUCUCCACCUUUUCUUGACACAGAUGCACACUCUGAACAUGGCCACAUAAUCAUCCUGUGCAACAAGGGCUCCCUCACUGCCUUCUACUGUGUUCUGGGAUACCUGGGAACCCUGGCCCUGGCCAGCUUCACUGUGGCUUUUCUGGCCAGGAACCUGCCUGAUACCUUCAAUGAAGCCAAGUUCCUGACAUUCAGCAUGCUGGUGUUCUGUAGUGUGUGGCUCACCUUCCUUCCUGUCUACCACAGUGCUAAGGGGAAGGUCAUGGUGGCCGUGGAGGUCUUCUCCAUCUUGGCCUCCAGUGCAGGCCUCCUGGGCUGCAUUUUUGCCCCCAAGUGCUACAUCAUCUUGUUAAAGUCAGAUAGAAAUUCUCUGCAUGGCUUCAGGAAUAAAGCACCUAAACAGAAAAAUAAGAUUUAA